GCAUUAGCCGCUAACAUUUAGCCGUAUAGCAGCACGGCUGCAGAGUUUUAAUAACAAUAUAAAACCUUAUUUUAUAUUAUUUAUCCGGAUUAAAUCAUCCUGAUGUGUGAGGUGGAGAGCGUGGCGCGGUGCUGGAUGAUGGAUUUCUGUUUCCGCUCUGUGUGCAACAGCUACAGAGACACAAACAGAGAGAAGUUUAAUCAAAACAUGAGACUUUAUGAAGCGAUUGUUGACAGUGAAACUAAUCUGCAGGACGAUCAGCAAAGAAAGCGAACAGUGUGUUGUUUUCUAUCCAGAAUUAUGGAUGGAAAAAAUUUAGAGGUGCACUACGACGCUAAUGCCCGAAUUGCUCCACUGAUGUCGGCACUUACAGUUUGGGAAAACCUAGAGGAUACUGUGGCAGAUGCUGCCCUAUAUGAACGUAUCAGGAGGCUGCUGUUUAUUCAGUGUGUUGGUGUUUGUUUAGAGAAGGGGAAUGUGCAACUAGCAGCAGAGACACUACAGUGGCUCGAGAAGGAGACUUCUUUAUCAGAGAAACUGCAAAGAAAACUGUCUACACUUGUAACCAAGAAUGACGUCUAUGAUCAACUCCUGACAAGCUUCUCCUACGGUCGUCUGCUGGACAGCGUCAACAUGUUCUUGGACACAUUUCUUGAGAAAUAUCCGUCUGACUUUUUGCUUAAGUCUGCAAAAAAAGUUGUGCAAGCUCAACAAGAGAGGGCAGAGGGGAUGGAGUCGGAGCAGGAACUUUCAGAAGCAGCAUCGCCGAGCCACACAGCUGCAACAAAAGUUGUGCAAGCUCGACAAGAGAGGGCAGAGGGGAUGGAGUCGGAGCAGGAACUUUCAGAAGUAGCAUCGCCGAGCCACAAAGCUGCAACAAAAGUUGUGGAAGCUCGACAAGAAAGGGCAGUGUCACCAAGCCACACAGUGAACAGCUCCACAAAGAAUAAGGCAAAAGUGGUUUCGUCAGAACUAAAGCUGAGACCCAAAAAGAAACUAUACUCAACAAAAGUUGUUCACCCUUGGAAACCUGAGACAGAAAAGAAGUCUCUGUGCACUCUCCGCAGAAAAUCAACAUUAAAUGUACCCAGAUUGAGUUUUAAAGACCACAGGAAACAGGAAACACCACAGGAUAUGCCUGAUCACCCAAAAUACAAAAGCAAGAGGAAGUGGACAUACAUGGAAGACCGUUACUUGAUAGCUGGAGUGAAGCGCUUUGGAGAGGGAAAGUGGACCAAAAUUUUGGAGGAGUUUGUCUUUAAAGAUCGAACAAGCGUCAUGCUUAAGGACCGGUGGCGAACUAUGAAGAAACUUGGAAUGGUCUCUUGAGCUCUUACAGCUUCUCGCU